GCGCCCCGGUGUAGGCCUCCAUUGACAGCGUUUUUUUUUUUUUUUUUCGAACGCUGAGAUGAGGCGUGUCGAUGUCGUCUAUGCCUGGCUUUUAUAUAUUUCAACCCUUCCUUUGAUAUGUUCUGCGCUCAGCAUUCGGAAUGUCGAAGCCUUGGACACUGAUCGACCUACAGCGGGGAUUGCACUGUAUUUCGAAACCUCUGGAAGUCGGACGUCGGAGGAUCCAGAGGUAGUCAAUGUCCUCAUCCGGGAUCCGAGACAGGGAAACAACACCUUGAUUAUUGGCGAACUUAAUAUCGAGGAAGAACCGGACAUCGGCUUUCACCUUCCAGACCUCCCACCUGGAAACGGGUAUAUUAUCCGCAUAGUAGACCCAUCCUCCAACCGAGUACUCGCAGACUCUGCAACGUUUGAAAUUUUCCCUCCGGGAACGCCGCCCUCAGAGAACUACUCCAGCACCGCCGGCACGGGACCCACCACUUCCACACAUACAGUAAUCAGUCCGUCAAGGUCUCCAGGCGCAUCCAACAAUGGCGACAAGGAGGACGGCGGUGGAAGCCAGCUAGGUGUCAUUAUCGGCGGCGCAGUGGGCGGCUUCGCCAUCGUCGUUCUUUUCUUUGUCCUCCUGUGGCUCCUGCUCCGCAAACGCAAGCCCAAGCAACCAGAACUGGCGCCCUUCAACCCUGACAGCACGCCCAUGCACCCACAAAUCUUCUCAGGGGCCCCCAAAGACAAAGACGGAGUGAUAUCCCCCUUCUUCAUCCCCACCGCUGACGGCGGGAACGCCGCCCACACCCCCUUCACCGAAUCCAUCCCGCUCACACCGAGCUCCCUGUCCGCCGACAACUCGGGCGUAUUCGUGAGCGCGUCGUCCGAGAAGGCCAGGCUGAGGGCGCAGCAGACGAUGCGUGACCGCGCGAUGUACAACGCGAGUUCAUCAAGCAGCGGGCAAGCGCGUUCAGAGGCUGGAGGGAGUGCAGCUGGGUCGUCGGAUAACCUCUUGGCUUCGAGAAAGCACCAGCAUCAGCAGUUUGUUUACCCGCCUUCCUCCUCGAGUGGAUCAGAAACCAAAGGACACGCUAGAGCUAAUUCGGGGACAUCGGCGAGGAUGGCGGCGGCCAGGGCCGAGCAGUUGCGUCGGGAGAGAGAGCGCAUUGAUAGGGAGAUUGCAGAAUUAGAGAAUCAGUCAGCAUACAGCGGGGGAUCUGCAAUAGGGAGCGCGUAUGGUGGGGUAUCGCAGGGUUCGGAGGACCUGGUAGCGCAGAUUGCGAUGCUGCGAGAACAAGUCGGGAGGAUCGAGAGGGAGCGCGCCAUAACGGGCCACGGCUAUGAACUCGAGCCACCGCCUGAAUACGUUCCCAGGUCCCAGGAAGGAGCUUCACCUUCACCUUUUGCUAACACUGGUGACAGUGCAAGCCCCAGUCACAGGUUAUGA